UUUGGCUUCUUUCGCGCGUGCGCAGUCUUCCCGGGGAGGCUGCGAGGCAGAAGGGACCAUGAGGCUCUCUGUCCUCCUUGCCGCGGCGGAGAAAUUCAAGCCGCACCGCGGCUACCGCUAUGGCAUGAACCGGCCUGGCUCGAUCGCCGACAAGGCUAAGAACCCUCCGUGGGUCUGGCGGAAGAAGAUCCCUGUGGAGCCCAUCAAAGACGAGGACUGGAAGUUCUUCAAGGGCGAUACGGUCCAGAUCCUGAAGGGGAAGGACUUGGGCAAGCAAGGGAUGGUCUCCCAGGUGAUACGAGAGCGGAACUGGGUCGUCCUGGAGGGCCUGAACGUGCAUUACCGAUACACGGGCAGGUCCGCCAUCUACAGUGGCAUGUACACGGCCAGUGAGGCUCCGCUGCUGGUGAACUGGGUGUCCCUGGUAGACCCCACUGACAGGCUGCCCACCGAGGUUGAAUGGCGCUACACGGAGGAAGGAGAGAGGGUCCGCGUCUCCCUCCGGACCGGCAGGAUCAUCCCGAAACCCCUGGAGCAGAGGGACGAUGGCAUCAUCCCAGAACAAUGGACAGACUGCCCCAAGGACACGUCGGUGGAGGACGCCCUGGAGAAGACCUAUGUCCCUUCCUUGAAGACGUUCCAGGAGGAGAUAAUGGAGCUCCUGGGCAUCGUGGAGACGCGCCGCUUCAGAAAGUCCUACUGGUAUUGAGGCCUUUCGUUCUGCGGAUCUGUGCCCGGCUGCCUGGACCCCAAAAGACUCUCCGCUUUGAGGGGAGACCGAGGAGGCGGCUGAGGUGGGGGCUGUUGCCUCCUGAUAAAGGACCCCCUAAACCGCAA